AUGUCCUUCAAUUCUUUUACAAAUUCUUUGUCACAAAAGUUUCAAGAACUUUCUACUGCUGUUUCAGAAAAGACCCAAGAAUUUUCCACUUCUAUUCCUACAUUGGCAGAAUCUACUCAACGUUUGGUUCAAGAGAAGUUGGGUAAUGUUACUGAUAUUUCUCAGUUGCCUCAAGAAUAUAUAGAAUUGGAACGUCAAGUUGAUACUAUUAAGUUAGUCUACGAACAUUUCUUACAGAUCACUGCAAUUUAUGAAAAUGAAUCUUAUGAUUAUCCAAAAUAUGUAAGUGAUUCCGUUAAUGAUUUUUCUAAAGUAUUUGCCAACAAGGUUACCGAGUUAUCUCAUGCAACUUCUGCUCAAGAAGCCCAAAAUAUUUUAGUUACUCCAGGUCCUGCAAAGGAACCAAGAACAUUAAACUAUGCUUUGAGUAAAGUUGCUCUAAACUCAAGUGAAAGUUUAGCUCAAUUAGCUGAUCCAAAUGAAGGUCCUGUUGCAGAUGCUUUGUUGAAGUUUAGUGAUGUUCAAGCUAAAAUUGCCCAAACCAGAUUGCACCAAGAUACUUUAAUCCAAACUAAAUUUAACAAACAAUUGAGAGAAAAGUUAGAACUUGAUAUCGGAAAGGCUUCUAAAGCCCGUAAAGAUGUUCAAUACAAAAGAUUGCAAUAUGAUGUUGCUAGAAGUAAAUUGACUCAAGCUAAGCCAGAAAAGGAAGCUUCUUUAAGAGUUGAAAUGGAAUCUUUAGAAGAACAAUUCGCUCAAUCUACCGAAGAUGCUACUAUCAUUAUGCAAGAAGUUAUUGCUGACUCUAAAUUCUUAUCUAGCUUAAAGGAAUUGGCUGAAGCACAAUUGAGCUAUUUCGAAACUUCUGCCCAAUUAUUAAAGGAAUUCAUGCCAGUCUUGGAUUCUGAAAGUUCUGCUACUACUAAUACCAAAUAA